AAUUCCGGUCGGGUUCCCUCCCACCCCUGCCUUCGCUCGCUGCUCGAAUUGGUCUGUUCCCGGCGAUGGCGAUGGCGACCCGAUUCGCGUUCCUCAACCUCCGUCGCCACCUCUGCUCACCGUUCUCCUCCGCGGCCACCUCCAGCGAAGCGCUCGUCUCCGACGUCGUCUCGCUCCUGACCCACCACCGCUCCAAGUCGCGGUGGACCCACCUCCGCUCCAUGUGCCCCGGCGGCCUCGCCCCGGCGGAGUUCUCCCAAAUCGCCCUCCGCCUCCGGAACAGCCCCCACCUCGCCCUCCGCUUCUUCCUCUUCACGCAGCGGCGCUCCCUCUGCGACCACGACCUGCGCUCCUACGCCACCACCAUUCACGUCCUCUCCAGGGCCCGCCUCAAGCGCGCCGCGCAGGGCUUGAUCAGAGAAGCCCUCAGGAUCUCCCCCGAUACGAAGCCCGUCGGGGUCUUCGAGGUGCUCGUGCGGACGUACCGGGAGUGCGAUUCCGCGCCCUUCGUGUUCGAUUUGUUGAUCGAGUGUUGCUUGGAAGCGAAGAAGGUCGACGCGGCUCUGGAAAUCGCCAGGCUGUUGAGGUCGCGCGGUCUGAGCCCUAAAGUCGCUACCUUGAAUUCGUUAAUCUGCUGGGUUUCUAGGCGUAGGGGUGCAUUGGCGGGCUAUGAGAUUUAUAAGGAGGUUUUCAGGGUGAGUGAUGGUGGAAAUGUGGGGAACCCGAAAGGGGUCGUCAGGAUUAGCCCGAAUGUGCAUACUUUCAAUACAUUGAUGACCUGCUUCUAUCGGGACGGCGCUGCGGACAGAGUCGAGGAGAUUUGGGACGAAAUGGUGAGGUUGAGCUGUGCACCGAAUGUGCACAGCUAUAGUGUCUUGAUGGCUGUGUGUUGUGAGGAUGGGAAGGUUGCCGAAGCCGAGAAAAUUUGGGAUGAGAUGAGAGUUAAGGGGAUCGAGGCUGAUGUUUUGGCCUACAACACGAUCAUUGCCGGUUUUUCUGAGAACGGACAGAUUGAGAGGGCCGAGGAAUUGGCGAGAGAAAUGGAAUUGAAUGGAUUGGAGAGUACUGGUGUCACUUAUGAGCACCUUAUAAAGGGGUACUGUAAUGUAGGAGAUGUCGAUUCGGCAUUGCUGGUUUAUAAGGACAUGUGUAGAAAAAAGUUUGGGCCAGAGGCAUCAACAAUACAUGCAAUGACCAUAGCGCUGUGUGGUCAGAGUAGGGCUUUUGAAGCUCUGGUUAUUUUGAGAGGUGCAGCAGAUAAUUCUUGUUUGUUGCCAAAAGGGAAGAGUUAUGAGGUUUUGAUAAUCGGGUUGUGCUUGGAGGGGAAGAUGGAAGAAGCUUUGAGGCUCCAGGCAGAGAUGGUAGGUAAAGGUUUUGAAACGAAUUCAGAGAUCUACACUGCUUUUAUUGAUGGUUGCAAGAAGAAAGGGAACAAGGAAAUGGUGGAGAAGCUGAGAAAAGAAAUGCUAGACAUGCAACAGAAAGUGGAUUAGCAAAGCACAAAAGGUAGCGGAAUUCAUCACCAGAGCCUCUGCUAGCUGUUUUGUGACGACUCGUGGUAGAACUAUCUUAAACAAAGGUUUAUGUGCUCUAUGUUCUCUUUUGCUUGGAAAUUUGCUUCAGAAGGAAAGUUGAAUUCACUGUGGAGCUGAGUGGAGCGGAGGAGUGGAUGUUACCAUGGUUUGGCUGGGUUUUUGUCCUAGGAGAAGAACAAACAUCGGAAGGAUUGGUUGUGGAGCAAGUCGAGGUAAGAAAGUACUUGGCUCGGGUUGAUAUGAAAUUGUGUGCAAGUACGUUGGAAAGGUGAUUAGAGGCCUGUGUUCCUACGAGUCCGUUUUGUAAAACAAGGGAAGCAUCUCUUUUGAUGGAUCUACAUUUUAUUAUUGAUCUUCAGACAAUGAGAAGAUUGUUUGUAGAUGUGAACUCUGUAAAAGAGCAACAAAUUGAGGUUGAUGAUCAUCUCUCAUUGGAAUGCUCUCCGGAGACGAGACGACUGUGGCCACCAAGAUGCUUAUAUUUGAGAAAUUUAGUUUGAAUGAGGGAGAGAUAUGGGUUGUUGGGUAUAUGGGACUGCAAGGAUGAAAAGAAAUGUUCUCAGGUGUUAUGUUUCUCGCGAAAGUGAGAGAGCAAACUGAAAUAAUUAGACAAUUUGAAAUAUGCAAGACUAAUCUCCUAGAGAUUCUGAUAUACAAAGUCUCAGAGCAUGACAAAGCUACACACUAGCUCAAUCCUCAUUGCGGGAUACAUGAAAGCCGGCAGAAAGAUCCGAAGUGGUCAGUUUUUAUAGACACGCUACGCUAUAACCCUCGUAGACAAUGAAAGAAUUGCAUUUGUGAUUCCUGACGACAAAACUAGGAAGAACUUUGUAUAUUUUGCACAAUGAUCUGGAGAACAUUAUGCUCCCAGCGUAACUUUCUGCUCUACAAUUGCACGCUCGAUGCUAUAAUUUCCAUUACAGUAUA